AUGGUGCGUCAACCUAAGAAGCUGACGGACUGUCCGGAAAAUCUCCGGGAGUCCAUCGACUGGUUGAUCCAGGUUAAGCAUGGGAAUGGUAACGGUGAGGAUGGUCUUGGGCCUUUGGCUGAGGCUUUGAAAAAGUUGAUUACUGAGGCUAUUAAAAACGCUAGAGAGAGUCUUAAUGAGAGGCAAAAGGAACUUGAUUGCCAUAAAGAUUUCAAGCAUUGUGGUGAGUUGAAGCAGCAAAUUAAGGAUGCUAAAGGUGAUGAAAAAUCUAAGUUACAAUCCAAGUAUAAUGGCCAUUAUUCCGAAGUACAUGGCUCUGAGUCUAAAAGGGAUACAGCCAAGAAGGAUUUAAAGGAGCGGCAAGAAAAGCUUAAGGAACUUAGUGAUAAACUUAAGACAUUAAUUGGCGAUGAAAAUAAUAAUAAAAAUGGAGAAUGUAAAAAAAUUCUAGAAAAUCAUACUGAAGGUUUAGAAAAGUUUUUAGGCUUCAACCCAAAUUCCAAAGGCUACGACGGCACUGGCAUCGUGUACUCCGACCUUGACAGGCUCUGCGACGGGGUGAUGGCGUUUUUGCACGGAGUUCUCAGUGGAGUGAAGGAUGAUGAUGAAGUCUGUUAG